UAAAUUAUUGUAUGGUUCGAAUUACCUCGGGAUAAAAAAAAUGGAGAAACUGGGAGUUCAUCGAGAUGCUAGUCAGCUUAUAUCAGUGCGUGAAUUUUUGACGUCUUGGGAUGCGUCGGUUAUUCCGGGUAUGGAGAUGAUAUCUACCAAAAGUGACGCAGCAAUGCUUAAAGCGUUGUCUAAAGAAAUGGGCACUCCUAUAGACACUUUGCAGGAACUUAGCACUGUGUGUGGGGAGUCCACAUUAAAAUGUGCAGAUGAAAUAAAACAACCAGAGUUUUUAGAAAAGGUACCACCUGAUGUAAACCUAAUGACACUCAGGGUUCAGAGAGAUGAACUGGAACGCCGUCAAAAGAAUCCAACUUACAAAACAUUCAUUAAAAAAGCAAUGAGAUUGAAAAAAUGUGACUACUUAAUGAAUUUUCCUCCAGAUGCAGCUCAGGUUAAGGAGGAGUGUCCUAAAGAAUUCUGUGUCCAGCAUCCAGACGUGAUAAUAACAGCACACGUUCACCAACCUAACAACACCCACCUAAGCUUCAACAUGAAGAUUGGUCUGGACCAGACUCUGCUGGUCUUGGGCUGUGAGAGGUUGACAGACCUCCGGGACAAGAUCACCUGUGUGAAUGAUCUCGCGUUAGCAGGGGAUCUGAGUGAGAACCCAGAUUUCACACCCGAGCAUUACGCUAAGGAUAUUUAUAAAUCAGGAUUUUUCUACAUCGAGGGCUGUUUUUACAAUGAUUUCCGUGAUGGUGGUUCACAGGAUUACAGCCAAGUGAUACGUGAUUGGGCCAAGGAGCCAGGGAGAGGAAUAGGGCCGAUGCAGUCAGUAGCAAUGGAAGAUACGUCCUUCUUGGACCUAAACAUCAGACUGGGUCAGCCCUACAUCUACCUCCACCAGGGGGACUGUGAACAUCUCAUUGUAUUCUCAGAUAUAAGGGUUUUGAGUUAUCAGGAUCCACAAGACAUUCGUGAUUAUCCCCUUGUAACCCACAAACACCUGAAGAAUCAGACAAAGUGUCGGGUCUGUCAGAUGCAUGCUUCAAGAUGGAUGGCCUAUGACAGUGAACACUCCCCGGAGAAUCCCAGCUUCUUCUGUGAGCAGUGUUUUCGAGCUCUUCACUACGACGAGCAUGGAAAUAAAAUUGGGAACUUUCAGGCAUUCAGAUACUUUGACAAAAGUGCUGUCAUAUGAAAAUUGUGUAUCCAAGACAACUCUGUGCAUCUCUAUUGUCAUCUCUGUGAAGGCAGGUUGAUUCAACAUGCUUACAACUGCAGAGCAGUUGUCUUCGUCAUUUUCAGUGGCAAAUAUGUUGACGAGAAGGUUCUAUCAACUGUGUAAAUGAUUUCUGGAACUGUGUUUUAUUAACAAUAUGUUUGCACCAAUCAAAGUGAUACAAUUGUUCAUUGAUGAUGGUCAAAUAAAACCAUUUACAGAUACACAUAUAA